AUGGCUCUUCUUUUUCUCUUCACUAAGAAUUUCUCUAUUGUACCCAUGGUUGCACUGUUUGUACUGUUAAUGUGUGGCAUCCAAAUGACAGGAGUACACUCUGUUGGGGUAUGCUAUGGAAGAACGGCUGAUAAUUUGCCAUCAGAAUCUGAUGUUGUAAAUCAUUGUCAUGCCAAUGGUAUAAAAAAAAUAAGACUUUAUUAUCCAGACACAAAUGUUUUGAAUGCUCUAAGGGAAAGUAACAUUGAAGUACUUGUUGAUGUCCCAAAUGAACAUGUCAAAACACUAGCACAAGAUCCAAAUCAAGCAAGAAAUUGGGUAAACAAUAACAUAAAAGCCUAUUUCCCUAGUGUUAAAUUCAGGUAUAUCGCGGUUGGAAAUGAAAUCAGCCCAAUAAAGCAUGUAGAAUUUGCUCCAUUUGUUGGUCCUGCUAUUGAAAAUGUUCAUAACGCGAUAGUAGAAGCAGGAUUGCAAGAUCAAAUUAAAGUCUCAACCGCGACAUAUUCAACCUUGUUAACAAAUACAUGGCCUCCACAAAACAGUAUGUUUAAUCCUGAUUGGAGAGGUUUCACUGAUCCAAUAGUGAAACUUCUUAGAGACAACAAUUUGCCAUUGCUAGUAAAUAUUUACCCGUAUUUCAGUUACAUUUAUAAUAUGAAAGAUAUACCACUAUCCUAUGCCCUGUUUAAAGAUUCAGGAACAAACUCAGCUGGUUACCAGAAUCUUUUUGACGCGUUAGUCGAUAGUAUGUACUAUGCUCUGGAGAAAUCUGGUGCACCUGAUGUGGAAGUUGUUGUUUCGGAAACAGGAUGGCCUUCUUAUGGACACCCUGCUGCAACUACUGAUAAUGCGCGGACUUAUUACACGAAUUUGAUUAAUCAUGUUAGAAAUGGCACUCCAAAGAAGCCUGGAAGGGGAAUUGAGACAUUUUUGUUUGCAAUGUUUGAUGAAAGAGGAAAAGGAGGGGAUGAAACUGAGAGACAUUUUGGACUAUUUUACCCUGACAGAAACUCAAAAUAUGGUCAGUUGAACUUUAAUUAG